CCAUUUCUUGACUUUAAUCAUCUUUGUUAUAUCAUCUAAUUGUGUUUUUUCUUUUAUCCAUUCGCAGCUUCUCUCAACAUUAGAAAAGAGGAAGAUGAGAGGGAAAAAGUCACUAACUAAAUGCGAAGAAAGAUUCAAUUACGAAGAAGAGGAGAAAGCGGAAUUGAUACGAACAGGAGGAAGAAGAGGAUAAAGAAGAGGACAAAAAAGAAAAAGAAGAGGAUAAAGACGAGGACAAAGAAAAGGACAAAGAUGAGAAAGAAGAGAUAAAGAAAAGGACAAAGAAUAGAAAGAAGAGGAUAACGAAAAGGACAAAGAAAAGGACAAAGAAGAGAAAGAAGAGGAUAAAGAGGAGGACAAAGAAGAGGAGGAAGAAGAGGAUAAAGAAGAGGACAAUGAAGAGAAAGAAGAGGACAAUGAAGAGAAAGAAGAUGAUAAAGAAGAGGAUAAAGAAGAGGAAGAAGAGGAGGAAGAUGAUAGGGAAGACGGUCAGUGUAUUAGCUCACCGCCUCGACACACACACAUCACAGGUAGAGGCGUGGGGUCUGUGCUAAGCCUUCACACACACCACCAAGCGACUGAUGAUGAUGAUGAUGAUGAUAGUGAUGAUGGAGAAGGAUGUGUCUUGUAUGGAUGGUGAUGGGGGAUGUGUAUGCACGGUGAGGAUGGUAUAGUGAAAUUUAUCUCUUCCAUUUUCUUUCCUUGUUUUUAAGUUACAAAAAUAUGAAGAAAAAAGUCUCAUAUUUUUUUUCUUGCGGAAGAGGAAAAAAAGGGAGAAUCUCAGCAAACUAGACUUUAUUUUAUGUAGUAUGUAGGUUUAGAAAGUAUCGUUUGUGUGUGUGUGUGUGUGUGUGUGUGUGUGUGUGUGUGUGUGUGUGUGUGUGAGGGCGUUCAGGGAUCUCCUCACGAGCUGCUUGUGGUGUGUGUGUGUCGCUGGUCAUCACCCUCAUCACCACCACCACCACCACCACCACUCACCACCACCAAGACAACGAACAGCGUGGCUACAGUGCGCGCCGGAGGCUGUGCUGUCACCCCUUGCUCAAGUUUUCCUUAUGUCCAGUGCAGCGCGCAAGACUUUGGACGAUACACGAAACUGAACGCUGGAAAAUGUUGUGAAUAGAAAGCUUAAUUGGUCUGGGUGAGUUCCUUUGACACUCCCCUUCCAAGAUCCUGUCCCUGCCCGUCCCCUCAGUAAUCCUCUUCGUCUGCCUCCCCGAGACUCCGAGUCAGUCAUUGCCCAGCGGCCCAGUAGACUAUAGCGACAUGGCGCGUCGGAUGCAUGUCUUCCUGAUUCUGCUGACGUGUUGUGUGACCUUCGCUCGGAGCUCACCACUCAGAGCAUCCUCCACGCGUCUGGAGCCACGCUUUCUGAACCUUAGAGGUGGAGACAGCCUUGUGAGGACGCUGACCAUGCAAAGGAUAAUGAUCUUAAGGGUGAUGUCUAUCGCGAAAGAAAAUGGAUACAUCGUGGGUAGUAUAUCGAAGGAGUCGGUGCUGAGGGCAGCGCUUCGCCUGGCCGAAUAUCCUGGAGUGUCGAAGGUCUUGUCCCUCAUCAAGCAGCCCCCCAGCGGUCCCGAGGUCUGGAAAGUGCUGCAGUGGAUGAAGAGGGACUACUUGAAGUAUCGCAAGAUGACCAGACAACUCAGUGACAGUGAGACGUUGUUGGUCAGGGCAGUGGAGACGUCUCAGUUUUUCUCCACCACACUCACCCCGCCCACCACGCCAUCCCCGUCCCCUGAUCCCCGCUGGCUCUUAUUCGUCCCCUCGGCCCCGCCAGAGUUCAACGAGGAGGGUCUGAACGGGAUCGCAUCCAUAGCGGAGGACGUGGCAAAAGCUGUCGAGGAUGAGGGAUUCUUCAGCAAGCUACAAAAUAACAUGUUCAUCAACGCGAUAAUCACCACCUACUCCUUCGCUGUCGUGGAGUUCCUCACCAGCAUCGGUUUGGGGGACGUCGCGAGUGUGGGGACGCUUGUGGCGGACAAGUGGCUAUUCUACGAGCUUGCUACUGAGAUCACGCAUUGGGCUGAGGAGGGCUGCUUCCUCCUGAGGUCGUGGCCCUUCUAUUACUUCUACCCCCAGCACUGCAGGCUGCUGUUCGAGCAGCAAAAGAGGCAAGAAGAGCUGAAAAAUUCCGGACAGAGUAGAGGUGCAGGUAACACUACAGCACCUGGUACAGGGAACACCACAGCACCUGGUACAGGGAACACUACAGCACCUGGUACAGGGAACACCACAGCACCUGGUACAGGGAACACUACAGCACCUGGUACAGGGAACACUACAGCACCUGGUACAGGGAACACUACAGCACAUGGUACAGGGAAUGGUAAUGGUGCAGGGAAUGGCAGUGAUUCAGGGAAUGGUAAUGGUGCAGGGAAUGGUAGUGGUGCAGGGAAUGGUAAUGGUGCAGGGAAUGGUGGUGCCGAUGGUUGACCCCCCCCCUCCCCCCCACACACACACACCACCAAAUAACCUCUCAUUGUUCGAGCUGCCAAGAACCAUUACGUGCGGCAGACACCUCACCACGCCCCUCCCCAUUCAUUCCUAUUUAUUUAUAUUGUAUUAAUUUCUGUCACAUUUAAUAUAUAUGUAUUUCAAAUAAAUUCCAUACAUAUGUGCAUAGGACACAUCACCUCACGCUGUUCCCCAUAUAUUAAUCUUUUUGGUUUGUAUUCACGUGUUUAUUUUUAUUUGCAUUUGUAUAUAUUGUAUUUCAUUUGUCAAUAUACCUUUAUUUUGUAUUCUAUUUUUUUCACGAUUGGUUUAUUUUAUAUUUUUAGUAUACAUAUUUUUUGUCAUUUUCAUUUAUUAUAUUUUACUUAUUUUUAAUCAUAUUAUAUUACUUAUUAUUACAUGGUAUAUAGAUAGAUAGGUACCAAGAUAAUUAAAAAAAACCCAUCUUCAGCAAAACUUUUUUUUCAUGUUGACUGCCAACGACUUGCCGGUUCCCCUUUUAUAUUAUUGAUUGGAUAUUUGUGUACUGAUGGAGAGUGGUUAAAUCAUUGUGCGUAUCAAACAACGACCAGUGUUUGUUACAAUAUGAAGGGGGAA